AUGGCAAAUGGUCAGUUUGACGUGUACUUGCCGCAGUCGUCUGGAUAUGCCAUCAUUCUUGGAGGAGGGUUUGGGUUUGCACUGCUCAUGCUCAUUCUCAGCUGGUUGCAGGCGAACUUUACCGAAACAUCUCCAUUUGACAACGAAGAGUUCUCCAGCGCAAGUCGAAGCGUUAAGCCCGGGCUAGUUUGCUCUGGUAUUGUUUCUGCUUGGACAUGGAGCGCAACUCUUAUGGUAUCAUCCCUGGUUGUAUAUCAAUUCGGAGUGGCUGGUGGUUGGUGGUAUGGCGUGUGCGGAACGGUCGAGAUUAUUAUGUUUUCUAUCAUUGCUUCAAAGGUGAAAGAAAACGCGAAUGGUGCAAGAACUUUUCUAGAGAUUGUUAGAGCUCGCUUUGGAACGUCCGUGCAUGUCAUGUUUCUGCUUUAUGCACUCCUCACUUCACUGCUAGUGUCCUCCAUCCUGCUUCUUGGAGGUAGUGCGUCUAUCUCCGCACUGACAGGGAUGGAUGUUCGAGCAGCAGCUAUGCUUCUUCCUGUUGGCGUUAUCGCGUUCGUUAUCGUCGGUGGACUGCGAAGCACGUUUGUUUCCGAUUAUUCGCAUACAGCUAUCGUAUUUGUCAUUAUCUGGAUAUUUCUUUACACGGCAUGCGGAUCGUCCGAGCUUAUCGGGUCUCCGUCCGCGCUACACGCUCUUCUUGUGAAGGCCGCAGAGCUUGACCCUGUCGUGGGUAAUCAUGAUGGCUCUUACCUCACGUUUCGCUCUAAACCAGCCUUCAUAUAUGCUGCCAUAUCUUUUACGCUCGGCUCGUCCACGGUAUUUCUUGACCAAUCCUACUGGCAGCGAGCAAUAGCGUCAGAGCCAACAGGCACAACAAAGGCGUACAUCAUGGGUGGACUGUCAUGGUUCAGUGUUCCGUACGCCUUCGGAACUACAAUGGGCCUCUCCGCUCGCGCACUUCAAACUAAUCCAGUUUUCCCAACGUAUCCUCUGCCUCUCAGUGUGGCACAACAAGGUGCUGGGCUAGUAGCACCUGCAGCUGCUGUCGCUCUCCUCGGACGUUCCGGAGCCAUAUGUAUGCUCAUUAUUACUUACAUGGCUGUCACAUCCGCAUGCUCUGCUCAGUUGAUUUCUGUGUCAUCGAUUUUCACCUACGACGUGUAUCGGACUUACUGGCGUCCUAAGGCAAACCCUCAAGAGCUCCUUCGUAUAGCGCAUGCCGGCGUUGCAAUAUGGGGAAUAUGGAUCUCUGUCUUUUGUGUCAUUCUAAAUGCUGGAGGUGUUGAUAUGAACUUCGUGUUUUAUUUUGCAGGAACGAUCGUUGGUGCGCCAGUAGUACCUAUCAUGCUGACGGUUUUCUGGCCCAAACUCACCAAACAAGCCGUCCUUCUUGGAUCCAUGGGUGGAACAUCCCUUGCAAUUCUGGCCUGGCUAUUGACGUGUCGCUAUUAUUAUGGAAUGAUCAACGUCGAGACGUUGGUCAAUAAUUAUUCCUCCCUUGCCGGAAGUGUGACAAGUCUUGGUUCCGGCGCUGUAAUUGCGUUUGUUUUGUCCAUGAUCAAGCCAGACAGCUAUGAUUUCACGGGCACUCGGUCCAUUAAAAGGAUCGAAAAUAUACACGAUAGCGACAAUCUACAUAUCGAGAUUAUGAAUGUGCUAGAAAACGACGAAAAGAGAAAGGACCACUCCCAAUCUCCAUCAGUAGAGCGGAGAUCAGAUUACAAUGACGAACACGUACUGCCGGCUGACGCGAAACGUGCUUUGUGGAUAACAAUUGCUAUCGUCCUCGUUAUUUCUAUUGUAGUUCCAAUGCCCCUCGGUGCUAGUACGUAUGUAUUCUCCCCUGCGUUCUUUACCGGAUGGAUGAUUAUCUGGUCAUUCUGCGGAGCAUUUUGCUGUGUAGUACUGCCGAUAUGGGAAAGUCGAGCUGCUCUUAGGACCAUGGCCAUCGGUCUCGUGUCGACAGUCAAGAAGUAUGGUUUAUGA